AUGGCCACAGCCAGUGGAACCCACAGAGUCCAGUUGGGCAGUUUGAACAAUCGCGCGGAUCUUUUUGGUGGUCCCAAUGUCGCUGUUCCUCCCAAGCAAUUCAUGGCUUCACCUUCACAUAUUUCCAAACAAUCUGAUGAGGUGUGCUACGAACAAUCUUCAUCUAACGAGUCCACACCAAUCAACACCCCAAUGCACCACCCUCCACCCGUCACCACUGAUGACUUUGCGCUGGCUUUCGACAUCGAUGGCGUCCUCAUGAAGGGCGGGCAACCCAUCCCUGAGGCCGUCGAUGCUAUGAAGUACAUCAAUGGUGAAAAUCCCUACGGAGUCAAAGUUCCAUAUAUUUUCUUGACCAACGGUGGCGGCAAGACUGAAAAAGAGCGAUGCCUCGAUCUUAGCCGCCAACUCGAACUGGAUGUUGACCCCGGUCAGUUCAUUUGCGGCCACACGCCCAUGCGCGAAAUGGCAGAGCGUUACGGCACUGUCCUAGUCGUCGGUGGCGAGGGCGAGAAAUGCCGUGUUGUGGCCGAGGGAUACGGGUUCAAGGAUGUGAUCACACCAGGAGAUAUCAUCAAGACCCGACAUGAUACCACACCCUUCCGUACAUUGACCGACGAGGAACAUGACAACUCACGACUGCUGGACUUGGACAACUUUCAAAUCGAAGCAAUCUUUGUUUUUGCGGACAGUCGCGACUGGGCUGGCGACCAGCAGAUUAUUCUAGACUGUCUCAUGACAAAAGACGGGUGGUUGAACACCCGGUCGCAAACAUUUACCGAGGGACCUCCGGUCUUCUUCUCGCACACCGAUGUUGUCUGGUCUACAUCUCAUGACUAUUCGCGUCUUGGAAUGGGAGCAUUGCGCGCUUCCCUCGAGGCCGUGUACUCUGCUAUCACCGGAAAGGACUUGAACACCAUCGCUUUUGGCAAGCCUCAAAUUGGAACAUACCAAUUUGCGACCCGACUCUUGCAACAGUGGCGCAAGGAAUCUUGCGAUAUCGACCGAUCACCAUCAACUGUGUACUUUAUUGGUGAUACGCCGGAGUCUGACAUUCGCGGUACGAACGAGUUCAACGAGACUACGGACAACGAUUGGUACUCCAUUUUGGUCAAGACAGGUGUCUACCAGGAUGGAGACAAGCCGCGCUUCCCACCUAGAAAGACGGUUGACACAGUUCUGGAUGCUGUCAAGUUCGCAUUCGAGCGUGAACACAAGAAGACUGCCAAGGGCGAGAUUGUCUCCGAGCUCGACUAUGAUACCAGCCAGCAAGUUCCCAACUGA